AUGUUGCUCUGUGCUCUUAUUUGUGCUGUUUUUCUCGCAUUUCCUUGGCUCAUCCCAAUUGCUCUUUUGUACCUCGCCUUCCUACUGGUGCUGGAACUUUUCCUUCCUCUCUUGGUGUUGUCUUGUCUCGCCAUUUUUUACUACCAGGUUUGGUGCCCUGUUGUUGGCUACUUGGAGACGUUGGUCGCUAUCGGUGAUUGUUGUUGCGUGUGUCGGGUGGUUGAUGAAAGUCCCACCCUGACCAUGGACUUGUCUGUUCGCCCUCGUUUGGCUGGUGUUGCUCUUUCUCGCGGUGUUGCUCGUUCUUCUGGUGUUGCUCGUUCUUCUGGUGUUGCUCGUUCUUCUGGUGUUGCUCGUUCUUCUGAUGUUGCUCUUUCUCGUGGUGGUGUUGGCUCUCGUGGUGUGGUUGUUUCUUCUCGUGUGGGUGUUUCUGAUGACGAAGGCGUUACUGCUUCUGCUGGUGUUGCUGUCUCUGGUGCUGUCGCUGAUACUCGUGGUGUUGCUGAUUCUCGUGGUGUUGCUCUUUCUGGUGAUGUUGCUGCUUUUAAUGGUGUUUCCCGUUCUGGUGUUGAAGAAGUUGCUGCUGAGGGUGCUGAAGGUGUUGUUGCUGCUGAUGAAGGUGUCUCUGUUUCUGUUGGUGUUGAAUCUGCUCCUGUUUCUGUUGGUGAUGUCGUUGAGGCUGCUUUUGUCCCUGUUGGUGUUCCCGUUUUGCGUGACGACGAUGGCUUUGCUCCUGGUGCUGCUGCUGGUGCUCAUGAUGGUGUUGUUCCUGGUCCUGUGGUCGCUGAUGUUGCUGCUCAUGAAGGCCAUGUUGCUUUGGAUGGUGAUGAUGAGGAUGAUGACGAGGAUGAUGUUGAUGAGGAUGAUGAGGAACUCGCAUUCCUCAUGUACCACUUAAGCGUGCGUGAUGAUUUUGACGAGGAUGCCUACAUGGCACCUCCUUUGGAUCGCCGGUACGAGGAACCUGUUGAGGUGAUGGAGAUUGAUCCCGACGUGAUCUCCAUCAUGUUCGCCGGCUUGGAUUUCCCUCCUUUUUCUCUCGAUGACGACGACGAUGACGACGACCCCAUUGAUGUGGAUAUGCCUUAUGAACCUCCCUCUCAACACGCAACACCUCCACCAUCACCUCCACCAUCACCCACGCCAAUCCCAAUGGAGGUUGACCCUACAUUCCUUUCUCCUGUUCUUACCGCUAUGGCUGCCACAUCUACCAUGAACACCCGCAACACCUUAACAACCAUCACCACCACCGCCCCUAUGCCAACAACUACCUCUUUCGCUAUGCCAACCACUACUACCGCCACCAUCCCUACCACCAGCACUCGUUAUGUCACCCCUAUGAAUACCACCUCAUCAUCAUCAUCGCCGCCUCGCCAUCCUACUGCUACUGUCACCACUAAUACCGCCACUCCUAUGACCCUCACCACACUCGCUUUUGGUCCUCGACCCUUUAUGAACACCAAUCAACCACGCCUCACACCUACUCCCAUCUCUUCCGCUACCACCACCACCACAAUCCGCAACACGACACAUCCACCAUCACCACGUCCGCAACCACGUGGUGCACAACAAGCACCCAUGCCACAGCCAACAAUGCGCCCUGAAGACGCAGCUGCCCUUGCGCAAUUGUUGCGUGAGCUGGAUGCUGUAGCUGAGGAGGAGGAAGAGGAAGAUGACAAUGACGAUGAACAGGAAUGGGAAGUUGUCUGGCGUCGUUAG